UAUUGUCGGCGUUGCUUGGCUUUACAGCACUCGGCUAAAGGCUAAUGGUCCCGAUUUCCGCAAUUUUUUCAACAUUAUAAUCAAUUAUCUUGAAUAUUGCAUCAAAGUUUCCAUUCAGUACAAGAUUCUAGGAUUCACGUUGAAAGUGUGAUUCCCACAGCUUCCGAACACGGAAACGAUGACUGGAAAUGCUUCUUGGGCUGUGUGGAGAUGACCUGCGACCCUUUCGGGAAUGGUCAGAAUGGGGCCAGAUGUGCCCCUUCUCAAUGAGUACAAGCAGGAAUUCUUCUGGAAGCGCUUCCCCCAGACAGUGUUGGGGGGGCCGCGCUUCAAGUUGGGCUAUUGCGCCCCGCCGUACGUCUACGUCAAUCAGGCCGUUCUUUUCCUGACACCAUGGCUUUUCGGGGGUGUCGGAACGCUGCUCUGCCAGUUGCAGCUCCUCCAGGAGCUGUACGCCGCCAUUCUCUCCGGCGCGCUGAUGUUCGCAGCGGCGGCGGGCGUACAGGCCGUGUCGUUGUACGCGGGACGCCGGAGCGGCGUCGUGGAGAGACUCGGCGCGCCCAGCGCUUUAGUUGAUGAAGAGGAAGUGGAGUUUACUCACUGCGUUAGCCCAGAGACGGUCCGAUUCAUUGCGCCCGGGAAGAGAUUCGGGCUGAAUGUGGUAAUGCAUACGGUACUGGCCGGGCUGCUCUGUGCUUUCGGGACGUGGUACGUGCUACUCGGCAGACUGACCGCUCUGUACGGCAGCAUAGGUGUGUCCAUUGUGGUAUUUGUCCUGAGUUGGGUGACGGUGUGCAUAGCAGAAUAUUCCCUGGUUGUAAAUACAGCCACAGAGACGGCUACUUUUCAGGCCCAAGACACUUAUGAGAUUACUCCACUCACCCGACCCCUCUACAUUUUCAUUUUCAUUGUUGUGGACUUGACCGACAGGUUCUCUGGCCCAGUUCCUGAGCUCCAACUCGCCAGCCAGGUUCUUCAUGUGCUUUUCCUCUUCCUACCUCUGUUGUGGGCGCUGGGAAUAUUACCUCCCUUGGAUGCCCUGUUUCUCUGGGGCAUGGAGCAGGCGCUUGUGUUUGGAUUAGGAGGCUCCCCCAUGUCCAGUAACUUCAGGUUGCUGUUGAUGUUUGCCAUUUCCGCUGGCGUAGCCGUGUGCAAUUACUUCAUCCCAUCGACGCUUGGAGUCGUCCUCUUCUCCACAGCGAUGGGAUUCUUGCUGAGCUUGGACCUCAGCCAGGUCGGAACCCUCUGCCACACUCCGAGGCCCGACUGCAAGGAAUAUGGCCUGCGCAGAGGAGGGUCGCCGGUGCCUAGACUUUCCAAUGCCUUUGGCUGGAAUCUGGGCUGCGCGGAGGCCUUGUUGUACGCGAGCUUGUUAUCGGCAGCUCUCAUAGAAGCGGGCUUGUUGCAUCACUUCUACGCCUCCACUCAAUCCCAGAGUUUGCUCAAGGGACCCCAGGCGCCUGUCGGCAUUCUUCUUCUGGUCCUCUUCUCCCUCUGCUGGGUUCUCAGAGAAAUCCAGGGGGCAUACAUUUGCGCUGGUUUAUUCCUCAAUCCGUUGUAUCCUAAAGGCAUGUCAAGUGUGCAGACUUUCAAGCAGAAGAACAGAGGCUUAUUCAUUGCAGGAGCUAUAAGAAGAGUCCUCCUUUAUCUUGUGUCUCCGUUUGCAUUGAUUGCUUUCCUGUCUAUGGACAAAUCCCUGCAGCAUCUGCAUGGGGUUCCUCUCAGUGUGGGAUUCACACGAGCCUUCCGGGUGGCAUGGCAGAGCUCAGAGGACGCUUUACUGCAAGUCGUCGUGAUUGUCAUCGUGCGUCUCGCAGCUGGAAACAGCACGCUGCCUGGCUGGGAGAACUUGGGAACAGGGAUUCAGCUUCUACUGGUUGGCCUUCUGAUGGAUAGACUGACCCAGUUCCUGACCAAGUUGAAGUUCACCCUCACCGUGUUGGUGACCUCAUGGACUGAGAAGAAGCAGCGGCGUCAGUCGGCCGGAACCCUGCUGGCGCUCAACGCCUCGCUCUGCCCGCUUCUGCUGGCCGUGGUGACCCUGUCUGCCCUUCUCUCCGCCCCACUGCUGCCACUCUUUACACUGCCCAUAUUUCUGGUGGGCUUUCCCAGGCCUCAGCGCAGUUGGCCGGGGCCCGUGGGUACCGCCUGUCCCUGCCCAGACUCCAUCUUCUACCAGCAAAUGAGCGGUAGUCUGGCUUCCGCUCUGAGGACGGCUUUUGCCAGAGGAUCUCUGGGUUCUUUAGCGCCGGGCUCUCACUUUCUUGGCCGCUUUCAGGACCGCAUGGUUUGGAUCAUGAUUCUGGAGAGGGGAUACGGCUACUGCACUGUUAAUAUUAAGGGUUUGGAGCUGCAGGAGACGUCUUGCCACACAGUAGAAGCGCGUAGGGUGGAUGAGGUUUUCGAGGCCGCUUUUGAGCGCCCAGAGCGUCUGGGUUUGAUGCAGGGUCUAAACCUGCACUGGGCCAACGCGCUCACACCGUGCGCGGCACUAGCCGUGCGCGUCUAUUCGGACGCUCGUAACGUCCUCUCGGGCAUCAUCGACUCUCACGACAACCUGAGGAAGCUUCAGGACGACUUUCUGAAAGCCUUGGUGUGGUUACUUCUGCGUUACUGCGUGAAGAAGCAUAAAGGUUCGAUGUGGAGCUGCGUGGAAGGGACGGGAAUCGGAGGGCGAAAGUCGAUCUCUUCCCAGCGGGCGCAAACGACCUGCCACCAGGCACCGGAAGCGAUCGUGGUGGAAUCCAGGGUGUCUUCUCUCAGGCUCAGACAGGACAGCUCCAGUCUGACCUCGUUUGGCGACUGGUCAGACGAAGAUGAUCUUUUUGGUCCUCAGACGGCUAGGCGGACAGUGGCCUUGGUGACGGCAGAGGCCCAGUCCGGACACACUGCAUUGCAGAUGGGAGGCUCUCUUCCGGGCUCCGUAGAGAUGGACAGUCUGUUUGAAAACAUGGCCCUUUCUGCUCUGCAGCCGUUGCAGCCUUUAGGGCUGGGCAUCGGGAUGCCGGCGGUCGACAAAGGUCCCAACUCUGAGAUCUUCAAGGAGAGUCCCGGCUCCCUCCGCCAGCUGACCUUCAGCUGCCCCCAGUGCGAAGCAUUCAACCUACCGACGGGUUGGAGAACGGCGCCGUUGUUACCCAGCCGGCUGCUGCAGCUCAGGCCUCUCUUCCCCGAGGACUGGUUCAGGUUCACCUUGGGCCAGUUCGGACCCGUCGUGCAGAGCGACACCUCUGAGGACAUGACCAAAGCUUUGAAGGAAGACGAAACCUUGAAGGACCUCCACGCUCAGGUGGCGCUCUCGUGUCUGGUGUCGCUCGGCGCCGAGUCCGCCUUCACCAGUCCCAGUUACAUCUACAGGCUCUACUGUGGAGACGUACCAUGGACUGAGGGCCUCGAGUGGCUCUCCUCAAGCAAAGAACUUUAUCAGCUCGCACUUCGGGCUUUCAGGUUCAGUUUCAAGCUCCUGUUCGACCAAGCCAGCCUUGGGCCUAUGGAGUCCCCUGAGGAGAUGUUCAGUGCCUUGGAGGAAUAUGAAAGGGACUGGUACAUCGGUCUGGUGUCUGAGAAAGGCUGGCAUGACAGCGUCCUGCAGGAGAAGCCCUUCCUUUUCUCUUUAGGACACGACCUCUCUAUGGGUACGUACACGGGGCGAGUGCUGUCCUUGCAGGAGCAGCUGGUACAGGUGGGUCGUCUGAACGGCGAGGGGGUCAGAGGACAGUGGGCCAACCUAUCCUGGGAGCUCCUGUACGCCACGAACGACGACGAGGAGCGCUACAGCAUCCAGGCGCACCCGUUUAUGUUAAGGAACCUGACUGUCCAGGCAGCAGAUCCACCAUUGGGGUACCCCAUUUACUCGUCAGCACCCCUUCAUUUCCCCUGCCUCUGACCACAGAGGUGAGGAGACCCCCCCCCCCACGACAUUUCACGUCUUACCAACAAGGACAAAAACAUAUGCCAUUUUGCAUUCAUUUAUUAUGGUGCUUUAGUCCAAUACAAAAGAAAAGGCAUCGAGUUGCAAAAUUAUGUCGUUUUAUCACAUCAGCGAGUUAGAUAGCUACAUGGUACAUUUCCAAUACAGGUGGAUUGUGGGCUAGAUUGAGCAGAAACACGUUAUUAACAGUUAUUGAUUAUAAAAAGCCCAGUUUUUGUUACAACAUUCAAAAUCCCCGUCUGUUCAAAAAGGGAAAAAAAAAAUCAUUUAUUUUGUUAAGAUAUCAAGGAUGUGCCUUGGAUAUGUCUUGCUGUUCAGUGCAAUUUGUUUGUUUACAGUUCUCUUGUUUACAACGUUCAAAAUAAUAGUUCAACAAUUUUGAUUGCUCAUAUUCUUGUACAUAUUGUUCAUUUUUAUAUGUCUAUAUGUACAUAAUAAAAAGUCUUGUAAGAAGAUGUCGAUAAGUGCCAUCCGGAAGCCACUUUUACAGUGUUUUAGGCUUGGUGAAGUAGGCAGAGUCUGCAUCCUGGAGAAGACAAAAUACAAAUGAGUAGUACUGCAAUGAUUAAUCAGUUAACGUGAGUAAUUCGAUUAGAAAAAAAGCUUCAAAUCAGAUUUUGCUAUUUCAAUUAUUCGUUUAAUACAGAGGUGUUGUAAUGGUUUGUUUUGAAAGUGUUUACAUUUACAGGUAGUCCCCGGGUUACGAAUGCGUUCCGUUCCUACGCUGGCGACGUAACCUGGAUAUCCACAUUAACCCUUUAAGUACCCCUAAAUCUCAAAAUAACUAUCCAAAAAGUCGAAAAGUAUUGUAUUUUGUUUAAUGAUAGAGGAUACACUGCCCUCUGGUGGAAGCGUUGGGUCUGGCUGGACUGUCGCCUUGUAUGACUAUGUAGCAGACUCAGACGUCUGACAUGGAUAAAGGAUAGCUGCGCUCUGGUUUGGCCCACAUCAAGCUGUAAGUUGUUUUAGCUAAUAUAUGUUUGUGUAUGUAUUUGUAAUCAAGUUUAGAGCUGCAGUUUGUGGAGUUAUGUGUGAGCGUUUUGCAAUGAGAAUUGUAAAUAUGAUAGCAUUUGUAGCAUUUAAGUUAGCAGACUUUUGUUAGGCAAAAUAGGCUAAUUUAAUCUACCAAAUUUACAUUUUGAUCAGACCAGAUGGACCUUUGAACACCAAAUGUUUUGUGUGAAGUGUUUUAUUGUUAAAAUUCGUGUAAUUUUGAACAUAAUUGUAUUUGUUACAACUUUACAAAUUGUCAAAAGUGAAGGAAGCUUCAAAAACUACAAUUGCCUUGCUGUCUGUAAAGCUGAAAAACUUCGUUUAAUGAGGACAUAGCACGUCAUAUUAAUGAAGUAGAGUAAAAAAGAAGAUACUGUAAGGUAUAAUAAGGUACUUUUUACACAACAUCAAAAAAAAAAAAAAAAACUGGAGACAAAAUGGCGUACGAGACUCUCCAGCGUCGUAAAGUCGAAAUCACAAUAGUUUUGUACGUCGUAACCCGGGGACAACCUUAAGUUUGAUUUGGGUGGAUACGCUGCCCUCUACUGGAAAGGGUGAAUAUGACAUAACUCAUUUAACAAGGCUGAAUCCAGCUGCUUCCUGUUAAGACCAACAUAAGGUAAGUUUGUUUCAGUUAAUGUUUUUUAUGCAUUCAUAAUUAGUUUAUAGGUACAUUGAGCAGUUUUUUGUGGUGCUACGUGUUGAAUGAUUUAAGAGCAUUGUAAAAAAAAAAAAAAAAAAAAAAAAAGUUAGCAUUUUAGCUAGCAGACUUUUGCUGUACAAGUUAGCCAAUUGUUUUCUUGUUGUACUUAGAUCCUCAUGUAUUUUUUGUUUGUUUGUUUAGUUUUGUUUGAGGCAAAGAUUAGGUGCUUUAUUUUUAGAGGGUAAGUGCAAUUCUGUAUUUUUUCAAGAAAGACUUGGGAAUUGUAUUUUGCAUUCCCAUUUAAUGCUCUUUUGAAAGUGCAAUCUUAGCAAGCCUUUAAGUCUCCUAAAAUGUAUUCUUUAUUCUCGAUUACUCAAUAAUUCUAACUAGCUGAUCACCUAAACUAAAAUAAUCGAUAGCUGCCGCCCGACAAAUGAGCACUAAUGUUCAACAGAAAAUAUCAGUAUUAGUCAAAAAGUGCUGCUGUGAAUCUGAACAGCUUAAAGUGCAUGUGACACCAUAAAAAAAAAAAAAAAAAAAAUCUUAAAUAGCAACAUUAUGUGAAUUAACAUUUUCAGGUGAUUCGUCUAUAUACAAUAGCGAUAAAUGAGUCUUAAUCAGCCCGUCAUUAUAUCACUCUGCCGCCUCCAUCUGGCUGACGACAUCAAGAGAGUAGUGAUUUCAGCGAUUUCAGCGGAUUUAGAAUUCAGCCCAAUGGAGGAGAAAGAUUCAGAACGAGAAAAAGGCGACACGGAGCAGACUGCAAAAUGUCUUUGUUUUAAUCUCUCUACUCAAAUUUUUACAGGAUAUUUUUUGUAUCUAAGUAUUUUCCCCCAAUUGCUAAAUUAAUUGUAUGGUCAUGACAAAUAACAGGCUUGUGCUAAAUGGAAUAUGAAAUAUUAAAAAUGCAUUUAUUCAGUACAACAGGGCUAAAUUACUCCAUAAUGGUCAAAACCGCCGACUUCUUAAACCUAUUUUAUGCUACCUGAGUUUGUCCGGCUCUUAAAAUUUCCUUGUGGAGACUCAGACUAAGAGCUAGGCUACAUGCUAACCCAAAUCAAGCGACUCUUCCAGGUCUCCUCACCUUUCGAACACAAAAAAAUGUCACAAAACAACUCCGACUUAUGUCAGACACGGCGGCGGGUGUGAUUGUCUUCACCGAUCGGCCAGCCCCCGGUGGCGAGCAAGUUUCGGCUCGUCGGUUCCCUGCUGCAGCCCCAGCAUAUUGGCAGUGCUCGUCGACGGGGACGAAGCAGGGAAAUGAACGCCGCAAAUGCAGCAUUCUCGAUGGACAAACUGGCCGACGUCUGAGUGCGUGGCUGCGCAGGAUAGCGCUUUCUUGGCGGGCAUGCGAAGAGGGCCGAGGGAGGUGGAAGUCUCGAGACAAUCGGGAACCAUAGACGAGAGCGUCGGCCGAGGGAGGCGGCCACUCCCGCCAGGGAGCAUUGUCACCCACAAAACACAAGCCACCUUCUAAUUAAAAUGUGUGCCAUUGCUCCAUUUUCAUACUGGUUUUGCCCAUUCUUCAUAGUGAACAGGAUCUUUUUGAAACCCAGAAAGGCUCACACCACUCUCUGGUGUAGCAACAAAACCCUGCAGCACAUUGGGCUGGCGUGACGCGAAAAACGAAUUAAUCCGCAAAAUCAGUCCUGAAUACCAUAGUAUGGCUGUAUAGUGAAGAUGAUGUAUCCCGUUAACGUCACAUCCACCGUCUUCCUCAAUCCGAGACCGUGGCUGAAAGGCUUUUUGUAGCGCGGGAAUAAAAAAAAAAUUGAAGAAAUAUAUCGAUCGCUUCUGCACACAUCCAAGUGGUCCAUUUCAUUCAGGAGCAUAAAAUACCGCGUGUAAUAUGAAAUAAACAUGUUUUUUUGUGUCAAAUGCACUUUAAACUUAGAACCGCAUUCCUAUUUGCACCGGAAACGAUGGUUAAUCCAGUCAGAUGUAUGUUCAGGAAGGAGGGAAAAUGUCAUCCACUCUUUUUUUAAGAAAUUAGUAGGCUCACAACCACUAAGUUCCUCUGCAUUAUGACAGCACAUUCUGUUCACGCGUGAAAAUUCCUCCAUUCGGGCUCGUCAUAAUGCAAGGUCAGCGGUACAGACUGCAAAAGUGCACAGUAGCGGCACGCCGAUCCUUUCACGUCAAGGCCUUUUCACUCAAGUAAACAGACUACAUGGGUGUUUGAGGCGUAUACACAGAAGAGGAGCAGAACGGCUGUCUCCUUUGGAAUGGAGAUGUUUUCAACAACAAAAGUUAGGAAACUUUUCAAAUAUUUAUGUCAGAGUUCAUACAAGAUGCUAAAGUGGCUGCUGCGGUGAGAAAGAAACUUGCUAGGUUAAAAAAUUGAUAUAUACAGACAUGCUACAUCUCCCAAUAGUUCUGGGAGUCUCAAUGAUAUUGAUAGUUACUCUGAUGCCCGCAAGUCGGAUAAAAUACAGUUUAUAAGUGUAUCCCUGUCUAGUUAAGGUGAAGAAUGAUGACCCUGUGGCGAGUUGCACUGUGUGACUUCAGCUUUGCUUACAAGCAGACUUCAGGCCAAAUUAUACCGGACGCCUGUACGGUACCGAUCUGCCAAGAUAUAGCAGCGGAGCCAAUCCGUUUCCAUUUUAUCAUAUUGUUCAAAUUAUACCGGCCGCAUAUGCGCUACGGAUUGACUGAGGACCAUCUCCGAAUUGCCAGAGCCCACCGGAUGGUUUGGUCUAUAUUCUACGGAAAAACAUUUGUCAAAAGGGGCGGAGCCAGGCCUGGAGUCAACAGGCUAGGUGCUUACUCACGGUUUAAACACCAGCGAACAUGUACAUCAAUCUCAUGAAAGAGAACAUAGCCUCACUCGAAAGGUAAGAUAUAUAUAGCGGAAAACACAGACAAGACUGAAAAAGCAGUUUCUGCUCUUGCACUACUCUUUAAAAUAAACUGCUGUAUUUUAAGCCAAAAGAACUGUUGUGUUUGACAGAACAAUAUGUCUAUAUGCUGCAGUAGCAGACUGAUGGCGCAUUAAGACCCCGAAAAGAAGGUAAGUGAUUAUUAAUCAAAAUGUCAUUUUUAUCUUAGAAUCAUUAAUUGAUGUCUCAUAUUUCGUUUUAAAAAAUAAAAUCGACUUAAAAAAAUUAUUCACAGAUUUUAAACUUUUAAACAAAUUACGUCACAAAGAAAAAAAUGGCGUCUGUAAAGAAGUCACGGAUAUCUACCUCAUAACUAUUGAUUCAUUGUAUUUUUUUGUUACUGUCGCAUUUUCACCAAUAUGUUAGAUGAUAAAUAAUCGAUCCAAACAAAGAAAAAUUGGGGGAAAAAAUGUUUAAAAGGGUAAAAAUAUGAAAAAGAACAU